ACUAGUAGCUUUACAACAGUUACAACAGAUGGUGUGUCUUUAUGGCUACACUACAUUGUUAGAGUUAUUUAAAUAUAGAUGAUUAGUCAGCAUGCAUGCAACAAUGGGCCAGAAGUUAAUCUAUCUGUCAAAAGAGGAAAUUGCUCUCUCGUGUGCGUCUUCCCUUUGCGUUUUCGAUUAGUUGAGCAUAUUCCAUUUCUGUAGUCAAAGCUUUGUCUUUAUGUUGUGUUGCGAGUGAGCCUACCCCAUCAAGAAUGUUUAUUACAUCGGUGGCAUGCUUUCUCCUGUUGGUUUGUGAUGCAACAGAAGUUCUUUAUGUCAACACUACCGCUGGUGUAUCUACCGUACUCCCAUGUAUCAUGAUGCUCCCUGCUACCACCGACUCAAAGCAUCUACGCUUUUACUGGCAAGACGACAGAACCUACGUGUUGUACUCUUUUAAUAAAGGGAAGGAGAUGCAUGAGCAUGUGCAUGAACUCUAUCGAGACAGGAUUGCAGCCUUUUCGCAGGACCUCACAGAAGGAAAUAUUUCAGUCAAACUUGAAAACCCAACAGUGGAAGACGACCAAAGGGUUUUUCAGGCAUUUGGAGCAGUUUUUGAUAGCAGAUUCCCAUUUGAACUUAGACAAAUCUGCCAAAUGACCUUACAUGUUGCAGUUCCCUAUAAGAAUAUCAGCCUGACUGUAAAUGAAGAAACAAUGACUGCAGUCUGCGCUACCCAAAGAGGAUUUCCCAAGCCUUUGGUAAAGUGGACACUUCACAGCCAACACCUUUUAGACCCGCAGGAUGUGAACACCACAGUUAUGCAGGACCCUCAAGAACAUCUCUACAGUCUCACAAGCACUAUAGUUAUCCCUGGAGGUCCAGAUCCAUCUGUGACCUGUUUUGUCCACAACCCUACCCUAAAUGUGACGCUGAUCGCCACCCGCAUAUUAAACAAUGGUGAAGCAGAGACGAGCUGCCCCAGCUUGGCUGGAGCUCUGAUGGUGGCCGCUGCUGCUGUUCUCAUUUACUAAAUGUGCUGGACUCUAAGCCGACCACACAGCCUUCUUCCCCACCUAACUGCAGAUAUUUAAAACCACACCAUAUCUGGAAUGUAUGUACAUAUAUUUUUAUUAAAAAGUACAUCUCUAUACAAGGUCCAACGUACUCAUUGUUUCUGUAGCCCAACACCACUCAUGAGCCUCAUGCUCCUGUGGCUUACAAGACAAGUCAGUUCCAAAAGCUAGAUAGAGUGGAGGCUGUUAUAACAGCACGUUAAUGGAAUGGCCUAUUCAAACAAUCCCAUUUGGUGCCAGUAACUGUGCCAGUAUUAGUGUAUACAAUGAUGACUCAUUGGCCAACAUUAUUGUUACCCCAGCAGCCAGUGUUAAAUAACAAAGCUGGCAAAUGAAGUGGUGAACAGGGCCAGUCUGGA